CUGAGCUCCGGCGAGCCCGCCCGCGGCGGCCACGGGAUUGAGGACAGCUUCAUCACCCACCUCCGGUAGGAGGCCGCCGCAUCUUCAACAGGGAAACCAUCCGCUGGAGCCUGGAGUACCGAACCCUCCGCUCCCGCUGACGAAGGCGUCCGCGGCCGUGGCCGUGGCGUGCGCGCAAGGCCGGCAGGUGUGAGCGUGUGGCUGACGAGAACGAGGAGCGGCGGAUGCGGACGGCGAGCCACGGACUCGGUCACACGGAUGCCCCGCGCCCUCGUUUCUCAGCUCCAUGUCCACUCGCUCCAACUUCAAAGCUUUCAUCGGAUCAUCCAUUCUAUUCAUUUUAUCCGACGAAAAUCUUAACACUCGUUGAUGGCAUGUCUAGUUGCACACUGAUCCUAUUCGAAAUUUCAAGCGAAAUUCAUCGUUGAUUCAUGCUCAUCUCUUGUUUGUUUGUUUGUUUUGUUUUUCUUUUUGCGGGUAAUCUCUUGUUUGUUAGCUGGCAUUACCUGUUGCCUGAAUUGCAGCUAUGCUUUGUUUGUCAGAUAGAUAUUCAGAAACCAAGUCCAUCUGCCUGCCUGUUAUCGUCUCGCGGGCCUUUCUUUGACCUGCAGGUAUGGAGCAAUUCAGAUAGCUAGCCGGAUGCAGCUGCCGUGAUCCGUUCUCCAGAAGCCACCGCCCUCGUGUCGCGUCGGCGAGUGGCCAGACCGGGGCCAUGGCAUGCAGAUGCACGGCUGCCGCGAUCCGUGGGGGCCGCUCGCGCGGCGCCACGUGGUGCCACGUCGGCUCCUCCCGCAUGCCCAUGUGUCCCUCCCUGCUCCAAGGCUUCGCCACCAAUCGCGCUCACGCUCCGGCCGCAUUUCCCAGGGCGGCGUGGAGAUCUCUGACAUCCAAAUCCAAGCUUCCAUCCAGCUCCUGACAUUUCUUGUCCUGCUUGCUCAUUCGAGAAGCACAAGUUAUCCUAUCCAAUCUCUCUGCAUGAGCACAAGCAUCCAUAGAUGAGUGUACUAUUUAUAGACAUGCUUGGACCAGUGCAGGCACUGACACGCCUGCUGAAGCUGAGAGUUGCAGCAGCCCACAACCUUUAUUUUGAUCGACCAAUCAGGAGGAGAGGAUUCAGUCGAUCAGGAGGAGGAAGAAAAGAAGAAGCUAGUGUCGAUGUCGUGGUCGGACAUGCUCACCAUCUGCGGCCUGUUCGCGGUGCAGUGCAUCUACGGCCUCUACAUGAUGUUCCUCGACGGCCUGCUCGCCGCCGGCGUGCCCUCGCUCUUCAUCAUCGCCGUUGCCUGCGCCGCCUCCUCCGUCGUCGUCCUCCCCUUCGCCUUCGCGCUCGAGAGGAAGAAGUGGCCCAAGGUGUGGAGCCCCAUGCUGGUUCUUCAGCUCGUCGUCAUUUCACUAGGAGGGGUGUCCAUAUAUCAAGUAUUCAUGAUGCUCGGUGUCGAGCGGACCUCGCCGGCGAUCGCCUCUGCCAUGCCGAACCUUGGCCCUGGCUUCAUCUUCGUCAUUGCAGCCUGCCUGAGGUUUGAGAGGUUUAAUUGGAAGUGCAAGUACACGAGAGCAAAGAUCUUGGGCACACUGGUGUGCCUCAGUGGGGCAAUGUGCGUGAGCUUCCUGAAGAACUCCACUCCUCCCAGUGUAUCUCCAAAGUCCAUUCCUGGGGACGAAGAAGAACUCUCCAAUGGCAAGAGCAGGAAAGAAUGGAUACUUGGAUGUUUCUAUCUUCUGACCGGAGUCACAAUCUUCGCCUGCAACACUGUCAUGCAGGCUGGAGCGUUGAAGAGAUUCCCUGCGCCGUUGUCGGUGUGCUCGAUCACCGCCAUGAUGGGUUCGAUCUUCAGUGCUAUCAUCCAGGUCCUGAUGGAGGGGAAGCUCACUGCAGGGACCGGAGAUAACAUCACCUGGAUCAUUGGUGAAAUUGUGCUUGUGGGAGGCGUGGUGAUCGGCCUGUGCACGACAUUCCAGGUGUCGAGCAUCGGGCGCAAGGGGCCUGUCCUUGUGUCGAUGUUCAGCCCGUUCCAGACCGUAUUCUCGGCGUUCAUCUCACUCAUCUUCUUCGGACAGUGGAUCGGCCUAGGAUGUUUUGUGGGGAUUGUGCUCAUGUUUGUUGGACUCUACGGGGUGUUGUGGGCGAAGAACAGGGAGGACAAAAUGCUCACCGAGCUGACUGCGCCACCUGAAAGUGAAUGUGAUGUAGAGAGGCCAUUGCUGCAAUGAUAGUCAGGCAAAGUCGUCUGAUCGUGUUGCCAUGGGUGCAAUCUUUUAAUGUUGAAUUGCAUCCGGGUGUACGUCUGAUUCUGUUUGUGCUUUGCAAUCUUGCUUGGAGUAUCUUUGGCUGCUUCGCUGAGCAAAGGUCAAAGGAGAUUUUGAGUUCGUUGGCUGUUGUGUCGGAAUCGCUGCAGUUUCUUGCUCAUGGUGAUCUCAGCUGUCAUAUGAUUCUCUUUUUCCCUUUUUCUCCAGCCCAAAUGCAAGAAGAAUGUGUUGAAUUGGCAACGCAAGACAUUGAUGGUUACUGGCAUCGAGAGCUGCUCCAAAC